ACUUCGGUGUUCAUCGUUCUCACUGAUAAGACUCUGAUGAGUUAUAUUUUAAUUCCACUUAUACUGUUUGUGUUAAGCGUAGUCGGACAUUAUCUAUUCCAGAUGGGUUGCCUUGUGUAUUAUAUUUAUAUUGUUCCAUCGAGAAGCGUCUCCAGAGAAACAUGAGAAAAGCAGAAAACUUUUUUUGAUCAGCAUUUUGUUUCACACGUCAGUGCCUUUUUUUGUGGUCAUUCCAGCAGUGACAGUGUUCUUUUUGUAUUUAUAUGGCUAUUAUUCCCAAAAAUUCAUGAACUCGGUCAUUUGCUGCAUUCAAAAUCAUGGUAUUGUUGAAAGUAUUUGUCUCAUAUGUGUUCAUAAGCCUUAUCGAAACGCUAUCGCAAUAAAAAUCAAAAGCUUGAAGUGUGGAAAUGCGGCUUUCUAAGUGAUUAAACAAAAAAAGUUUGAUCUAAUUUCAGAAACAAGAAAUGUGAUCCAUGUCGAACGACUAGAAGGAAAUCUGACAAGAGAAAGUGGCAAUGUCGAUGAUUUAUU